ACUUUGGUUAUGCCUCAAAUGGGAUCCUUAAAAUCGGCUAUCUUUGCACUCUCCCUCUCAAUUUCUUGAGCUCAUUUGAACAACUACUGAAAUAGAGUAAUUUUUUUUUCGAAAACUAUAACUUUAGUUAUUUAUGAAAUUUCUCUCUUUUUUUUUUUCCACCAUUAACAGAUGUAUCAAUUGGCUGAGCAGUUAGCUUAUUUCUUUCCUCUUUUUUCAAAUUCAAAGUAACAACAACCGAAAUACAUUAUGCAUUUUUGCAAAUUUCUAUUUCCAAUACCUUUGCAAAACUCUACUAAAACUUUCACUUCAUCUCUUUCCCUCUUCUCCACCUUCCUUUCACCCUCUGUACAUCAACCCAACGAGUUCUAUUUAACUCAUCAACAACUACCACAACAAACCUCUCAAGUAUAUGAAUUUGACAGCGUUCAGUACCGGAGCUUUAUCGACAGAGCAUACUGGACUAAACGAAUUCACAAGCUUUGUGCUAUUGACGCCAAUGUAGACGAAGCUCUUCGACUCCUCGACGAGCUUCGACUGCAGGGUUAUCACCCUGACUCUCUCAAUCUCAGCAGCAUUGUUCACGCUCUCUGUGAUGCACGUCGAUUUUCCGAAGCCCACCAGCGGUUCCUUCUCGCUGUUUCUUCUCAUUCAACUGUCCCUGAUGAGCGAACCUGCAAUGUACUUAUUGCCCGGUUGCUUCGCGGAGGUACCCCGGAGGAAACUCUGCGUGUGAUUUCAGCUUUGUUCUGCCAGAAGCCCCAGUUUGUGCCGUCUUUAAUGAAUUACAAUCGUUUGAUUCAUCAGUUUUGUGGUUUUGGAAGAACUAGAGAUGCACAUCAGCUGUUUGUUGAUAUGCGAAAGAGAGGGCAUGCUCCUAAUGUUGUUUCGUAUACUACUUUGAUCGAUGGGUAUUGCGGGGUUGGCGUGGUUCGGGAAGCUGAGAAGCUGUUUGAUGAAAUGUCUGAGUGCGGAGUGAUAGCUAAUGCGCUAACUUAUAGUGCUUUGAUUCGGGGGGUUCUUCGAAAGAGGGAUAUUGAACAUGGGAAACAACUGAUUGGGAAGCUUUGGAGCGUGAUGCUCGCUGAGGAGGAUGAGCUUGUUAACAAUGCUGCGUUCUGCAAUGUGAUCAAUUGCUUGUGUAGGGAAGGGUUGUUCCAUGAAGUGUUUAAUAUUGCUGAAGAUAUGCCUCAGGGUAAAAGUGUGGCUGGUGGUUUUGUAUAUGCGCAAAUGAUAGAUUCUCUUUGUCAAUUUGGGAGGUAUAAUGGGUCUGCUAGGAUAGUUUAUAUGAUGAGAAAACGAGGGUUCAAUCCAAGCUUAGUGGCCUAUAAUGCAAUUGUACAUGGUCUCGUCAAAGAAGGCGAUUGUUUCAGGGCAUAUCAGUUGUUGGAGGAAGGGAUUCAAUUUGGCUACUUGCCGUCAGAAUUUACGUACAAGUUAUUGGUAGAGAGUUUGUGUCAUGUAAAUGAUCUUGUUAAGGCCAAGGAAGUUGUCAAUGUGAUGUUAAAUAAGAACGGCGUUGACAGAAGAAGGAUUUAUAAUAUAUAUCUCAGAGCUCUUUGUGCUGUUGACAACCCAACUGAGCUUUUAAAUGUCCUUGUCACCAUGCUUCAAACUCAAUGUCAGCCAGAUGUGAUCACUCUGAAUACUGUUAUUAAUGGCUUCUGCAAAAUGGGGAGAAUUGAGGAGGCUCAAAAAGUUUUCAAAGAUAUGAUGAUGGGGAAGUUUUGUGCCCCUGAUGGUGUGACGUUCACAACUGUUAUUAGUGGGUUUUUAAAACUCGGGAAGGUUGAAGAAGCUCUUGAGUUAUUGCAUAGAGUUAUGCCUGAAAGCGGUUUAAAUCCCAACAUCGUAACAUAUAAUGCAGUUAUCCAGGGGUUAUCCAAGUUACAUCGGAUAGAUGAAGCUAUGGAGGUCUUCCGCAGCAUGGUAAGUUGUGGCAUUGGUGUUGAUUGCAUGACGUAUACUAUUAUUAUUGAUGGAUUGUUUGAAUCUGACAAAGUUGAUGAAGCGAAAAGGUUCUGGAACGAUGUUGUUUGGCCCUCAGGAGUUCAUGACAGUUACUUGUAUGCAGCCAUUCUCAAGGGGCUUUGUCGCUCUGGCAAAUUGCACGACGCUUGUGAUUUCUUAUAUGAAUUAGUAGAUUGUGGGGUUACUCUUUGUGUCGUCAAUUACAACAUUGUCAUUAAUGGUGCCUGCACGUUGGGCUGGAAGAGAGAAGCUUAUCAGAUUCUUGGUGAAAUGAGAAAGAAUGGACUAGAACCUGAUUCUGUAACUUGGAGAAUUCUGGAUAAAUUACAUGGUAAUGUGGAAAAACAGUUCUGCGAGGAUUUGACGUGUAAUCAACAGUUCUCUCAUUUGUCAUAGAAUGAACCCUUUUAAACUGCCGUCUCUGGAGUUCUUAUCUUUUCAUGAUAAUAGGAUGUCUUUGAUAGUAAAAGCAGUAUUGGGUCUGGUGAAAUGAGAUAUUGCUUCUGCUAAAUAUCUAACCCUGUAAAUAUGGAAGGAGGGAGCAUUGGAUGCCGACCAGUUAUACAAAAUCCAAAUUGAUUAACAGGAGAUUCAUAAUUUACAAGGAGCGAGGUAAAAUAACAACAUCAACAACAACAUAACUAUGAACAAGUCAGAGAGGUAUUGGGAAGGUGGUUUUGUUACUGCCUUGCUGAAUGCAUCACCCUUCAAUAUCUUAUAUAUGGAUAUUCAAUUGUAUAGAGAGCUAUCAUUCUUCCCACGUUGGAUCUGUAGAUUUUUCAUGACAAUACAUUUGACUUUAUACGGACGAAGAUAGUAUGCUCCAAGUAGAUAUACCAUGAAACUUCUCUUACAUUCCUUAGAUAAAAUAGAGAGGUUUGCACCGAGACUACGAUUGCUCAUCCUUUUCAUUAGAGCUUGCACCUGAGACUUUGUUCCCUCGCUUACUUUCUGAUUUUGUUUUCAUUUUUAUUCUGUCAAAUGGUUAAGUUAUUCAUGUAUUCAUAUAUUUUCUGUUGUACCAUAUGUAAAAUCCAGAUGUUAUGUUCUUUGGAAAGAUUUCAUGUAUGCUGCAUAUAAACGUGGUUCAUGAAGCCAUCUUCAAGACAUACUUUCUGAAUGGCUACUUCCCUAGAGAUGAUACAUAGACGAUAAUGUAUCAACUGAACGGUUUGGUUCUUUGAGUUUGUCGAAAGUGACCAUUUUGGGUCUCCAUCAAAUAUUUAUCAAAGUCUUGAUUGUUUAAUUUAAAAUUGAAACUGUGAAGUUAUAUUUCUAUUUCUUUUUUCUAUUUUCUAUUUCUUUUCUAUUAUAUAGAAACUUGGGUUUCUACAUGGUUGCUUAUAUGUCAAAAUUUUUUUAUACUAAGGGAUAUUUUGGUCAUUUAACAACUAUAUAAUACAAGGAAAUUGGUAUAGCCCAUUACAUACGUGGCUUCAUCUUGUAACCAGUUAAGACGUGUCAUUAUAUAGAUAUAGAUCUCUAGAGAGAAAAGUAUCUCGAAGGAUCUCUCUCCCUCUUUUCCUCUAUCUUCUCUCUGUCAAAAUCAAACAAAAGAAGCAAGAAAAAGUUUUGUUUUCGCUUUAUUCUGGGUUUAUUGUUGUUGAAUCAGGUAAAAUUUUCUGAUUUUUAAUGGAAGGAAAAAAGAGCUAAUUUGAUCCGUUAAUUAAAUUGCUUGCUUGGGGUUUUGUUUGGGAUUUUUCUGAUUCUAACAGAAGAACAAGACCCAUAUAUUUGAAAUGUCAAAUUGGAUUCUGGUCGGCUACUUUCAAGAAGUGAGCAAACAAUCAAAAGAUUUCCUAAAAGUAGGGGCUUUGUGGCGUUCAAGCGGAAGAGUAUGGGAAGGAGAACAUAUAAGAAACUAUUGUGAUAUGCGAAUAGCUUCCAUCGAAAGGGUGUUAUCUCUUCUGGAGUAGUCACUCUCUUCGGGCUUGGUGCAUUUAGAAAGGAGGACCAGUGUAUGUUUCAAUAUUCCAGCCUGUGCAAAUAAUAUUAGUUGCUGUCAUGGCUUUUGUAAUUCUUGGUGGUCAGUUGUACUCUGGAGGAACCUACAUUAUAGAGACGACAAUGUGAAGAUCUAUGAAAACGAGUUUAUAGGGUGGUUAAGACGUGAGGAAUUAGAUGAUGCAAUGUGGGAAUAUGUAAAUUUAUAUCCUGAAAGAGUAAUGGAAAGAGUCCCAUGUUGUUGGUGAGCGAUAGCCGAAAUUUGCUAGAGGAAUUUGAGGAAGUUGCUGCUCGUGCAGGAAGUGGAAGCUAGAAUUAUUGUAUUUGACACAGAGCUGAAGUUGUCUAGAUACUGUGGUUUUGAUAUUCCUCUUCUUAGGUGUCAUGUCCUUCAUGCCUAAAGGUCGUAAGGGAUUGAAAAAGAGAGGUAAAAUUUACAAGUGUAAGAGAAGAACUUCAUAUUCCUAUUUCUGGGACACGAAUGAGCAGGAUAGACAUCUACGCGACGCUGAAACAGCAUAGGAAACUCUGUUCUUGGUACAAAUGUCAAAAGUUCGUUGCACAUCGAACAUGAUCAUUGGCGACAAGUAUAUCCUUGCAGGACUGCGUAGAGACAUGAAGGGAGCAAAUCAUGAUGAAAACUUGGCUAAGUUGAAGCAAAGUCGGUGAACUGUGGUUGUAAUCCAAAGUGUAAAUAAAAAAUGGCUUAUGCGCUGGCUUCUCUGUUGCCAAAACUGGGUUCUUUGGGUACUUCGGAUCAUACUUCUGUUGUAUCCAUCAACCUUUUUGUGGCACUCCUUUGCGCUUGCAUCGUCAUUGGUCAUCUCUUGGAGGAGAACCGCUGGAUAAAUGAGUCCAUUACUGCUCUCAUAAUUGUGAGUGUCACUUCUUUUAUUAUUCUACAUAGGGUUAAGGCAUGUAAUGUAGGUGUAAAAAUAUCAAAAUUGAAUACAAGUAUCCAUGUUGCCUUGUGUUUUUAAUUUGAAUGGAAUUCAAAUUACCAGUUUGCUAUUUAUUUAUCUUACAUUCUUUGCAUUUAUUUUCAUGUUUUAUAAUCACAGGGUUUGGUUGUAGUACUAGUAGUCUUGCUUGUAAGCGGGGGAAUGAGCUUACACCUUCUGGUGUUCAGUGAAGAGCUCUUUUUCAUAUAUCUACUUCCUCCAAUCAUAUUUAAUGCAGGGUAAAUAUAUCAUUAUAUCUUCUGUUGUUGCUUUUUUUGCGUGCUUCAUUGCAUGUUUAGAUGGUUUGUCAAAAGCUUUCUUCUUUGUAUAUUUAAGUUUGCCUUCCAGAUGAUAUCUACUGACAAGGAGUCGUCCAAAACAAUUUAUGAUGUCUCUCUGUUAUGGAGUAUGAUCUGUUUAGUUAUGCUAUCCAAAUAGAUACCCGUCUAUAAGCAAUAGGGAAGGCUGCCAUUUAGGCCAGCUAAGUUAUCAUCAGUAUGGAGCAGUAGAGAUUGGCAAUUGUAACCUAAUAAUAUGGAGCAAGAUUAUUAUCAAUAAUUAAACUGGAAGCAUUACUUGGAUGAUGAGGAAGUUGAACACUGAUUCAUUGGGUGAAGAUGGUGUAAUAGUAGAAUCAAGGAUAUUUAUGCUGUUUGGAACAUCCCCGCAUCAGUUCCUGAAAAUUAUUUAGGAGCUUAUUGAUUUUCUGGCUAAAAAACAUUUCGUUUAAUCGAGUUACUAUGUUUCGUUGAUUGGUCAUUGUCAUUGGAUCAAAUUCACAUGAAGCUGUUAGUCUAUAAUUGGCUAAAUAGGACUAUGACUAACAACAACAUAAUGUUUAGUACAAGUUCAGAAAUAGAAUUUUUUGGCCUAAUGUUUUCUUUUUCCUUUUUCUAGAAAAAAAAAAAUGGUAGUAAAGUUUCCUUUUUUGUUUUGAAAUAAUUGCAAUUCUUUGUAUAAUUUUCUGCUGGUGUAAGUUUCAUGAGUACAUAAGUUUCAUUUCAACUUGUAUUGUUUCACAAAGUAAUUAUAAAUGUUUUUAAACUCAUACAGAGUCAGAUCUUUAUAUAACCGUUGUAUCUAUAAUAACAUUCCACUAUAACAAUGAGUCAUUACUAUGACACCUAUCAUUUAGUUGCUCCAUUUGCAUCUACGUGUAUACUUUUGCACAUAGCUCCCUCUUUCUUGCUACUUUGAUUUGGAGAUGUGUUUAUUCAAUUUUUACGGUCAUUAUUGCUGAAAAUGAUGAGAUCUCUUUAAAACUGAAAACGUAAACAGAGCAAUAUGAGUAAAAAUAACAGUGCAGCAUGUUCUAAAAAUUCAACCAGAAAUAGAAAUCAUUGAAGGUGGAGGGAAAUGAGCAAAUGCAAAUUUCUCACGAUUCAAGUUUAAAAGAAAUUAUCAAGCAUUCCGUCAACUUUCUGAGCAAAUUAUUUGUUGCUUACACUGAGCUCCUUUUCUAAAGAGCAAAGCAGACAAAGAUGCAGAUGUUAAGAGAAAAGGAGAAUUUUAAUGACCUGAAGGUGAAAUCAACAAGUAAAUUGUACAGGCUCACGCGACAUAUAAGAUCUCAAGAGGGAACUCAAAGAAAGCAGGGUUGAAAGGAAGCACAAAGAAGAGGGUCUUACAACAAUGGAGGCCACACCUCAGCUAAUUAGGACCACAAUGCAUCACACUUUUAUCAUUAUGUAAAUAAAAUACAUGUAGUUAUUGUGUAAAACUUUGCUUCUUAUCAAAUUUUUGUUUUACUUAAUUUUUAAUUACUCAAAAUGUCGUGCUUUUGGGCCUAUGUUGACACGGGUCUUGCACCUCUAGUCUAUAUAAUAGAAGCACCGGUUUCAAUCAGUGCUUCAUUGAUUACUA